AGCGAAGCAGCCAGAAAGCGCGGCGCUGAGUAAACAACAGCAGGAGUUCGUUGUUACUCCACUGUGGCUGAACAAACAGGACGAAUAUUUGCCCGUCAACUGUGAUUUAUAGCUUGUAAUGAGAUUGAGAGAAAUAUCUGGGCAGCUCAGAUUAUGGAGCUGGUUCCUGGUCUGCUCCAGCUGUAUGCUGUCUACAUGGGCCCAUGGAGGACAUGGAGAAGCAGUUGGUUCAAAUCAGCCCCCACCAAUCACCCGCUUGGACAGGAACGUGGUUCAGGAUAGAGAGCAUAUCAUGGAGCAUUUAGAAGGGAUUGUUGAAAAGCAAGAGUCAGAUAUGACACCUCAAGAGCUGCAGCUGCACUAUUUUAAGAUGCACGAUUAUGAUGGCAACAAUCUGCUGGAUGGACUUGAGCUUGCCACUGCCAUUACACAUGUUCAUAGAGAGGAAAGAGGAGAUGAUAGCCAACCAAUGAGGGAAGAGGAUCUCAUCAACCUUAUUGAUGAUGUCCUCAGAGACGAUGACAAAAACAAUGAUGGCUACAUUGACUAUGCAGAGUUUGCAAGGUCUCUGGAGUAGCAAAAACAACAACAACAACAGAAACACCCACAGCCUUACUGUGAAUGCAGAUUACCUCUAACGUACAAGUCUCCAGGACAUUCCUUCGUGUGUGCGAUUUCACAGGCACAGUAUAGUCAUGCUUUGGUAUAACCAGUGUUAAAUGUCAUAAAAUGAAAUGGUGAGGGUCAUCUCACUGAUAAAAGGUGUUGUGUAGUCACACCAUCAUUUUUUUUGCACUCACAUUUGCAUAUUUCAUUUCAGAAUGGACUCUUUAUGUACAAACUGUCUAAUUUGUCAUCUGUAAAAAUGGAUAUUAUUGAAUAAAUACUGCAGUGAUGCUCUUCUGCAAAGCUGCUGAUAAAGUGGGACAAAUUUGCUGCUCCGCUGAUGAAUGAAUGAAAACAUGCUCUGUCUGCCUUAAAGAGAUCAUCGUUGUGACUGUCAUUUUAAAAUGCCAAUUUGAGAGAUAAACAUCUCAAACAUUGUUUGAGAGAACAUGUACCUAUAUAGAUUAAAGCUCAUGUGUGCAAUAUGCCUAUUUGCACCUACAGUAUAAAACUAUAAAACUCCCUAUGUAGCUUAUCUUUGGUGUUGUUUUGGUUGGUUUUAAUAACAGGCACCAGCGUUUUUGUGAAGUGUAUUUAUAAACUUAUUUCGAGAGGAUCACGUGCUUAUGAUUGCUUGCAGCUGGUCUCACAUUAUUGAAUUUAUGAUUUACCAAUCAGACGAUUCCUAAGCCAUUAUAAAUACCCUAAGUUCCAUAUAACAGCCAUCUUCAUUUUGAAGAAUCCCCCCUUCCACCCCUACUCCUCUUUUCCUAGAUGGGUGGCAUGGUGGCCCAGUGGUUAGCACUGUUGCCUUACAGCAAGAACGUCAUUGGUUCUAGUCCUUACCAAGCCAGCCAAUGUUUCUGUGCGGAGUUUUACACAUUCUCCUCGUGCUAACGUGGGUUUCCCCGGUUUCCUCCCACCAACCAAAAACAUGCAACUUAAGUUAAUUGACUAAUCCAAAUCGGCACCAUAGGCAUGCUACUAAGUAGUUAUCUCUUAAGAAUAAUCACUAUCUGUUCAUUAGCUACUACAGCAGGGGAGUUCUCGAGAUCUACCUGAUCGAGGAUCUUAUGAGCUCAGGGCUCUCUCCUGGGACAGCAUGCCAAACACACUUUAUAAUCAAUCGUCAGCUAAGUGUGAACUCUUGAAAAGACAGUAAUGGGAACUUCAUCCAAACAAUAAGUUUUAACUGAUUUUCAACUUAUUACAUACACAAAAUGUCAUAUGGGUCAAUAGAAUGAUUUUCUAUUAAAUUAAUAAAAGAGUCAUUUCAAGAGUUCACACUUACUGUAGAUAAAGAGUUCACACUUGCUGUCCCGGGAGAUAACCCCGAGCUUGGAGAUUGAUGAGCCCAAGGCUCCCAGCUGGUCAAUGAGAAUUAGGAGGGAAACUAGAUCAGGUAGUUCUCGAUAACUUCCCAAGAAUAGACCGCCAACUGCGCCAGUGUGUACGUAUUAGGUGCUUGUGACUUUAACAUGUCUUUAGAUUGUGGGAGGAAUCCGGAGUACCGAGGGAAAACCCAUCGUACAUGGGGAGAACAUGUAAACUCCGCACAGAGAGUGUUGACUGGCUCAGCUAGUGUUUGAACCAACGACCUUCCUGCUGUGGGGCAACAGCCAAUGUGUCACCCGAUCCUAGAAUCGUGGAGAAGGGAUGGAUGGGGGGUGAUGAGAAAUGAAGUUUAGGCUGGAUAUUUAUGUUAAAUUUGGAAUGAUCCGAUUGGCUAGCUAGUGAUUAGUGUUAGGGGCCAGCUGGCGUCAAUCCUAUCACGUGCUCCUCUCGAAAUUAGUUUGUGAAACUUCACUUAAAAUGUGAUUCAUCCCAAUACACACUUGAAUACUCUUUUCUCAAGAUUAGAAAACAUUUCGAAUGUUUUUGGGGUGAAGCAACUAUUGCAAUAUGAGAAUGAAGGACAUCUUUUUUGUUUUUUUUCUCAGACAAAUUUUUCUCAAAAACUACAUACUACUAUUUGGAAAACAUUUGUACACAAAACUGUGAUGUAGCCAAACUUUUUCUUGUGUGAUCAAAAUGAAAGUAAAGAUAGCAACUUUGCUGGAAAAUAAUAUGAAGGUUUUCGGUCAGAACUGUAUUUAAGUGCCCAUUAUGUAGUAUAGAAAAUAAAACCUGUGUUUUCUAUCUGACACAUUUUCAAGAAAAUUUAAAAGACUUUCAUUGAUCCGUGCGUGUUAAUUUUACAUGCAUAACUACACAAACAACACAAUUUUUACAUAAAAUGUCUAAUUUGUUUUUACCAAAGCUGGUUAUGGAUUACUUAAUGUAAUUCAUAUGUAUACAGUAGGGUCUGUUGUACAUUUCAAUGGAGAUGAAAAUGACAUGUUCAUAAUGGUCCUUAUUUAUAAUCCUAAACAUGUUCAGUGUGAAAAGAACCUAGUAUAGUUGUCAAAGUUCUGUAUUGACAAAUGUAAUCAAUAUAAAUGUAAUUAUUUUUGUCUAAGAUGCAAUAAAAGUAUGUUCUAUGGGAUUCCAAAUGUAAUAAAGAUGUAAAAAAAAUCAA